CUGUAACCCGUCGUAAAACUAAAAUAAGAAGAAGUCAGUCAGGUAUGUCUCUGCAUUAAAUAGUGAAAAAAUAUCCUGUAUUAAGUUAAGAAUAAGUAAGAAUUGUAUUAAUUAUAAAAGUGCCAUAAAACCAGAACAAGUUUCUGCCAACAGUUCGAUGUAUUUUUGGAGUUUUAUUAAAACUAACCUUUGGUAAAUCAAAGAUCUGAUAUGAGACCUGAUUUCUUGUUUUCUGUUAUUAAAUCAGAGUUCACCUGAAUUUAUCCUCAUUUAAUGGAUUCUAACUGCUUAAAAUGUUUAUUUCAAACCAGAUGGAAGUGAAAGAGGAAAGACAAUAAAUUAAGUGAAAUUUCAAAGGUGAUGAUGCUGUAGUUAGUUUCAGCCAAUGAAAUGUGCUUAUUGUGCCAAUUUACAGAAGAUCUCAGACAUCACCAUAAUGAAUGAGGUGAAAACAGGGAACUUAUAGUAUUCAGAUGAUGCAUUAAACAUGAUGGCCCUGUACUUUUUAAAUGCAGAUUGUAUAAAAACACAGUAAUCACAGUUCACACCUGCAAUGAAGCUCCUCCCACAACAAUUCACCAAUAAAUACUGGGAAUAUUCACAUCAUCCUACAAGAGAAGGACAAACUCCAGGUGUAGCAGCUGAAAUCUGUGUGACUGUUAAAGAUGGAGUUUAUUAAAGAGGAGACUGAAGACAUGAGUGAUCCAGAACCAUCCAGAAUAAAACAUGAAGAUACUGAGGAACAAACAGAUCAGAUGAAAGUGAAAGAGCAAGAACUAUCUGAAGUUGAGGAGGAACAUUGCAACUUCAAAACUCAAAAGAGAUUUUCAUUGAUGGAAAACUGUAAACAGCAACAGAAAACACAUAAAGUGAGAGAUCAUGUGUGUUGUGACUGUGGGAAGAGCUUUACUAGAGCUGACAGUCUGAAAAAGCACCAAAGAAUUCAUACUGGAGAAAAACCUUACAAAUGCUCAUAUUGUGACAAGAGUUUUGCUCAGUCUGGAACUCUGAAAAUACAUGAGCGAGUUCAUACUGGAGAGAAGCCGUACCACUGUACUCAGUGUGAGAAGAGUUUCAAAUGUAAAACUGAUCUCAAGUAUCAUCUCCGUGUUCACUCUGGAGAAAAACCAUAUAACUGUGAUCAGUGUGGUAAAUGUUUUAAAUUAUCAUCAAAUCUAAAAGAACACCUGAAAACUCACAUAAACAAGAGGCCUUAUUUUGCAUGUUCAUUUUGUGAAGAGUUUUUUACUCGGCAGGAUCAUUGUAAACGACACCAGAAAAAACACACCAGUGAGAAAGAUCAUGUGUGUUCGAAGUGUGGGAAGAGCUUUAUUAGAGCUGACAAUCUGAAACAACAUCAAAGAAUUCAUACUGGAGAAAAACCUUACAAAUGCUCAUAUUGUGACAAGAGUUUCCCUCAGUCAGGACACCUGAAAGAACAUGAGCGAGUUCAUACUGGAGAGAUGCCGUACCACUGUACUCAGUGUGAGAAGAGUUUCAAUCAUAAAAGAAGUCUUCUGACUCAUAUGAAGAAAUGUAGUAAGAAGUCGCCACAAUGAGCAACAUUUUAUUCAUUCAUCUUUUCUCACUGGAUAAUUACUUUGCAAAAUCUGUUUUUCCCCAUGGUUGUACAAGAGUCCAUUGCCGUAGAAUGUAAAAUGUUAAACUGACUUUCUUAAUUUGCAGAUGGUUUAAAAUGGCAUUAAAACUGCUGCAGUAAGUUGCAAAUUUGUACAAAAAUAAAGUAUUUAUAGUGUUGAGUUUUGUUUUAUUUUUUUGUAACCCCUAUAAUGAGACU